CUCACAUAAUUUUUAAAUAAAAUGGAUUAAUUAUAAUAAGUGAAAUGGAUAAUGUCGAGUCAUAAAAAAUCUAAAAAAGAUUAGAUCAAGCGGACGGACCAUAUCUCAUUGUAAGACCUAAGAACCGUACACAAGAUCUAUAUUGGGUAAUUGCGAAACAUAAUUUCCUACCGUCCAAUUUCGAUCUUCAAUACAUUUCUUCUAAAUCAACAGCCCACAUGCGUUGACCACGGAGAGCAGGUGAACUGACGUAAAAACCAACACCUUCAAAUUUGCGAAGCGCCGGUCUCUCCCUCUCUCUCUCUCUCUCUCUCUCUCUCGAUGUGUUAAAUCUUGAAACCCUAAAUUAUUUUAACGUCCGUUUUGCAAUCCAGUACACCAGGUUCUUCCGUAGUCUCGAUACAAGUUGUAAUUCCGAGUACAAUAAACUGGUAUCUUAUAUGCUGCGUCUUUGAAUUCUUGACCUUCGAUUAUUAUUGAGACCUUUGUAACGGCAGAAUGGAUAAUGUACCUGCUCACUUGCCAAAUUCACCUUCAGCUAAGGCUUCUGACGUACAAACCCCCGCAGCUGCAGAUUCAGGACCAAAUAAUUCUACACAUGAUGCACCAUCAAAGCUGUCAUCAUGGGCUAAAAAUUUGAAAAUUCCUCAGCCAUUUGCUGCCUCACAAGAGGACUCACCAACAGGAAAUGCUGGAAAAUCAACUUUUUCACGGUUUACUAGUGGGCUAGGUCUGCGCUCAUCUCCCAAAUCUCCUCCUGCUAAUGACUGUUCUGAUGGAGCUUCAACAACAACACAACCUGGUUUUCUUGGAACAAUUACAAAAGGCAUAGUCGACUCUUCUAAAAAUGCAGUGAAAGCUGUACAGGUCAAGGCUCGUCAUGUCGUUUCACAGAACAAACGAAGAUACCAGGAAGGAGGAUUUGACUUAGAUAUGACAUACAUCACUGAGAACAUAAUUGCUAUGGGGUUCCCUGCUGGUGACAUGAGCUCUGGGUUUUUUGGAUACGUUGAGGGGCUCUAUCGAAAUCACAUGGAAGAAGUGAUUAAGUUUUUUGAAACCCAUCACAAGGGCAAGUACAAAGUAUAUAACCUUUGCUCUGAGAGACUAUAUGAUGCUUCAUUAUUUGAAGGAAAGGUGGCAAGUUUCCCAUUCGAUGAUCAUAAUUGCCCCCCAAUUCAAUUGAUAAUAUCUUUUUGUCAAAGUGCUUAUGCAUGGCUGAAGGAGGAUAUUGAGAAUGUUGUGGUUGUGCACUGCAAAGCUGGGAUGGCAAGGACAGGGUUGAUGAUCUCUAGCCUUCUUCUAUACUUGAAGUUCUUCCCCACUGCUGAAGAGUCCAUGGACUACUACAACCAGAAAAGAUGUGUGGAUGGAAAGGGGCUUGUUCUGCCAAGUCAAAUUAGAUAUGUCAAAUACUUUGAACGCACCUUGACAUACUUCAAUGGUGAAAACCAGCCUGGGCGCAGGUGCAUGCUUAGAGGAUUCCGGCUUCAUCGUUGCCCUUAUUGGGUCAGGCCCUCCAUCACUGUCUCUAAUUAUAAUGGUGUUCUUUUCUCCACAAAGAAGCAUCCACGUACCAAGGAUCUCUCACCAGAAGAUUUUUGGUUUAGCGCACCAAAGAAAGGAGUUAUGGUCUUUGCUUUGCCUGGGGAGCCUGGUCUGACUGAGUUGGCUGGGGACUUCAAAAUUCAUUUUCAUGAUCGCCAAGGAGAUUUUUACUGUUGGUUAAACACAACAAUGAUCGAAAACAGAAAAAUUCUGAAUACCGGUGAUCUUGAUUGGUUUGACAAGAGGAAAUUGCCUUCCCCAGGUUUCCAGGUUGAGGUUGUGCUGGUAGAUUAUAAUGGCACUGUUCCAAUGAAGCCCCAGGCUGAAACUGCUAUCAAUAAGCCAGAUGAAAGCGCAGAGACCAGUGUUGCAUCCACUGAUGCAGGUGCAGCCCCAUCAAACAAAAAUAAAGACCCAGGACAUGAUGACAAAGAUGAUGUGUUCUCAGACAGUGAGGUAGAAGAAUCUGGUUCAUCAAAGAGUGGGCGGCGUAAGGCAGCCUCAGCAGAGGGAGCAGCUGCUCCCUCAGCCACCUCCAAAUCCGAAACACAUACCAAUUCAGAUCGAGUUGCAAGUUUGGUGCAUUCUACCGAACAAGUUUCGUUAGGAAGUGUAAACUCCCAACAGAUGCAUUCCACUAGGGAGCCGAGAAAAGAUGUUGAUGCAGCUGUUAAAGUUUCCAGCUCAGAAAGUGAAUUCAAGGCAAUGGCUGCUGAUGCAUCUGUUUUCACGUUUGGAGAUGAUGAAGACUAUGAAAGUGAGUAAACUGGGGCAGAUGCCAAACUUUGUGUACAUAAAUUGGCUUGCAAGUUAUAGGUAAUUAAUGUUCAAUCCUAUUCGUUUCAUUUGUAUCAUCGUCAUCAUCAUGUCUGUUAGAAUAAUCGCUGCGUUAAAUUGUGAAUCAAAGUGAAUGGAAUUUGUUUCGUUACUCGGUGAAGAAAAUUAUUUUGGCAUUACUUUUGUGUGGUUGUUAAGCAACUUUUGUUGUCAUUGCUUAGAAAAUCUGCUUGUUUUGUUCUUUUCUCCGGUUGUCCAUAGGAUCAACGGGAAGCCUCUACGAAAAUGAUGAGAUACAAACUUUGAAACGAUAUCAAACCGUACAAGAUUUUCUUUGCGUUGACAUUGUCAUCAGUCACCUAGGCAAAGGUCAAAUCAAAAUUAGCCAAAAUCUCUGAAUCUAUCGUAGCUUUGGAGUUGUGACGGUUUGACCGGUUUCUUCUCCUCUUCAUACGUGGAUUACGAUCUAAAAGGUUUUUCUCUUGGAAGACGUGUU